CCGGCCAGUACGUACCUUUUUUUUUUUACAUACUUUUGAUUUUCGAACCGUGUUGAAAUACGUACCCUUUACGUACUGAGCCGUGCUGGCCAAGAAGACCAAGCUUCCAUAUUGGGUGGGACUUUGGUGUCAUCGCAGACACUUUUGACGCCUCACUUCCUCGUCAUCAACCACAGACUCGUCACUCUCGCCACUGCCUCCGCCUUUGCCAGCGAGGGCGGCCACCGAAGGCAGCAGCUAUCGUCGGCAACGUUUGGUCAUCCCCUCUCUUCAACACCCAUCAGCGUCUCAACGUGUCCGAGAUACAUGGGAAAGACGACCGCGUGUCGAACCUCGCGUGCGGGCGCGUGGUGACAACUGGAGGCGGCGAGCUGCUGCGAUGAGCGCAACAAAUGUGCGGCAGUAGAAAACAAGAGACAAUUCCGCGUCCUUCUUUUUCCUUUUCGGCGUCGCAAUCAUGGCGAUUCCUGCCGGUCGCACGCUGUAUAAGAAAAAGGACGGCAUCCUGACCUUGUCUGGCGACAACCAAACGGUCACAUGGACACCCAACUCAGGAGGGCCUCCAACGGUCUCUCUGCCCGUCGCUAGUAUAACGAACCUGCAGCAGACCCCGGACAGCGCAGCCAAGGUGAUGCUCAAGAUAUUCGAGAAGUCGGAGAGCGGAGGCGACCCUGUCACGUAUUUAUUUCACUUCAACACCUCCGAGGCAAAGACGGAAGCCAAGUCAAUCAAGGACGUGCUUUCCCGCCUGUUGGCAGACCUUCGUGCAAAUGAUGCCAGCAUCCCGCGGCCGACCGCUACCGGGACACCGUCCGGCGCGGGCUCGUCGACUCCUGUCACCAACGGCAGCGGCAGCGCCUCCGCCUCUAUGGCCUUCGCCAGCGCGGUCAACGCGCAGCCGUCCUCGACCCGAUGGUUUGAUGACAGCCAGCUCAAAGUCGACAUUGAGCUUCAGCAGUCGCUCAUGAAGAAGGACCGAGCCCUAUAUCAGACGUACAUGGAGGCCAUGGCGGCCAAGCCGGAGUCUAUAUCCGGAGCCGCCUUCAACUCACAGUUCUGGUCCACACGGACGAACCUCUUGAGGGCACAUGCGAUUGAGAUCAAUCAGAAACGGGGCGCUUACAACGUGCUUUCCACGGUUAAGCCGCGCACCGUCGAUGGAGAGCUCAAGCUCAACAUCAGUGUCGAACAGGUCCAGAUGAUCUUCGCACAGCAUCCCCUGGUGAAGCGAAUCUACAAUGAGAAUGUUCCCAAGCUCUCCGAGGCCGAGUUUUGGUCACGCUUCUUCCUUAGCCGGCUCUCGAAGAAGUUAAGAGGAGAGCGUGUGACCGAUAAUGACCGUCCCGAUUCGCUCUUCGACAAGUACGACGUGAGCGAAAACACGGAAGGCUUCCAGAGUAAGAUCAUGGCGCAGAGCGUGCCACACAUCAUCGACAUUGAAGCGAACGAGGAGAACCAAGGCGGUUUCCGGUCCGGGAAUGCCAAGGACGUCGAGAUGCGGCCGAGGAGCAACAUCCCCAUCGUCAAGACUCUUAACAGCCUCAGCGAGAAAAUCAUGGCCAACGUUGCGCCAUCUGAUCCUACCGUUGACGAUAACCAAAGCACGUACCAUGAGCUGUCGCUGCGAGAUCUUCGGGGUGACACCCAAGAGCACCGCAUCAUGCUCAACGUGCAAGAGCAGAACAAAUUCUUCAACAAGCAGGACUCAGCGCCGUCGACGAAUGAGCGCAUCUUUUCGGCGCAGGUUCCGGCCGAGGUGCUGUCCCGCAUGAGAUCAAACCUUCGAGCCUUCGACGUCAACGGCACGGCUGAUCAUAGUGGUCUCCUUGCGACUGUUGAGUUCGACGACGAAAGUGACAGCGAUGACGAGGAGCGGAAACGGUCUCAAGUCGGUUCGCGUGCGGCCGUCAAGGCUGCCGAGAAGGAGGUCAUGUCGGGCAUUCUCCAGCAGCGAGCUCAGAAGUAUGGGCACGCCAGUGACGCAACGUCUCCGAUGGGCCUAUCCACCGGGAUGGUGGACAAGUGUGCCCUUACGCACGCUACGAGCAUCGAGUUCCUGCACCAGUUUUGGACCGCCUUCCUCUCGGGAGACCCGGACCGGGCCGCCGAGCUGCAGUACCUGGCCGAAUCCCUGAAGCGCUCUGCCGCGCGCAUCGCCGCCGUGGCGGACGAGGCAGAGACGGAGAGGGAGGCCGUCAUCCGGAGGCGCAAGCAGGAGAUCCGCGACCAUUUCGAGCGGACCGGGAAGAAGAUUCGGUGGAAAUCGGACAUGGUGGGCGGUGGGCGCGAUGCCGUGCUCAAGAUGAUGAAGCCCGCGCUAGACGCCUUGGACAAGGCGCAAGGGGACUACUCGAGGGCCCUUGCCGCCGAGGGCAUUCAGAUCUCGACGGAAUGAAAAGAGAUCCCCGGCCCGUACGUGGGGUACAGUUUCAAUGGACCCCUAACCACGAUAGUAUUAACGUAUGGCCCUGCCGCCAAGGAUUGAGCAAACCAGCCCUGGACUUUGCGAUACUCUCUUUGUUUGACGGGCGUAACACCACGAUUAAAAAUAAGAUGCUGCUACACGGUUCAAGCGUGUCGCGUUUUGGAAAGAAGGGGAAAAAAUAUGUACUACUAAAUACAACAUAUGAAACCGUAAAUGCCCCCACGAAUAUGAUGUGCAAUACGACGAGAUGAUUUCCCACGCCGCCUUUCUAACAUGGUCCCAGUGCUUGGAACCUUUUCCCCUUUGCGCCAGUCAUGCCAA